AUGAUUGGAGCUGGGAUGCUGGUACAGUCGAUAUCAUAUGACCAGAGCCCAGGCCCAAAGCAUCUUGCUUGGUUACUACAUUCUGGGGUGAUGGGUGCAGUGGUGGCUCCUCUGACGAUAUUAGGGGGGCCUCUUCUCGUCAGAGCUGCGUGGUACACAGCUGGCGUUGUGGGAGGCCUCUCCACUGUGGCCAUAUGUGCGCCCAGUGAGAAGUUUUUGAACAUGGGAGCACCCCUGGGCGUGGGCCUGGGUGUCGUCUUUGUGUCCUCACUAGGAUCUGUGUUUCUUUCACCUACCACUGUGGCUGGCGCCACUCUGUACCCAGUGGCAGUUUAUGGUGGAUUAGUUCUUUUCAGCAUGUUUCUUCUGUAUGGUACACAGAAGGUAAUCAAGCGUGCAGAAGUAGUACCAGUGUAUGCAGUUCAAAAAUAUGAUCCCAUCAAUUCGAUGCUGGGAAUCUACAUGGAUAUAUUAAACAUAUUUAUGUGAGUGGCCAGUAUUCUAGCAACUGGAGGCAACAGAAAGAAAUGAAGUGACUCAGCUUCUGACUUCCUUAAUACAUCAGGUAUCUGGCUUGUUUAAUAGGGGCAGAUAUUCUUUAAAUAGUUUGUGCAAGCAGCUUUCGUUGAAGUUUAGAAGGUAAGAACUUGUCAGCGUGUUUCAGGUGUUCCUGUAAUGUGAUGC